AUGGAUGUAUUAAGAGAUAUUCAAAAAAGAAUCGCUGAAAUUCAAACACUAUAUCCCGAUCACAUGAACUGCGGCCUACCUUUGGAAUUUGCUCCACGAUUAGAGAAAUUAAAAGAACUGGCUGAACGAUGUGGAUCUGAAAAACAAAACAAUCAUUACACUUCGUGUCCGUGGUCGGAUAUCGAAAGUAAAUGCGGGCCAGAUACAUGCCAAUGUGUGAUGGUACGUUUUUAUCAUUAUCAAUUAAAAGGAAUGAUCGAUGCGGUCGUCAAAGAACAUGGUCCGGACAACGAUGGAGGAGAAACAAAUGCCGGAGGGAAACAACAAUAG